CAAGGAGGCUCAAGUGGAAAAUCUAGAAGAGCUCAAGAUCACUGACUUGUGAGCUUCUCACACAAGGAGGUGGACACCAGGAGCGCCUGGGUUUCAAAUGCAUCCAGUUCAUCAACACGAUGCCUAACCACCAAAUCCAUCUGGAGUAGUCUGCAUGGAAAUCUCACAUUCCAAAACAAUUAAUAAUAUUGAUACUAGCUAUCUCUUGUCACCAUGGCAAUGUUACUUCGUGCUAGGUGUUUUCACCGCCUAGCAAUCCCUGAUCCCAGGAGAAUCUUGUAUAAAGAUUACAGAACAGCGAUUCCUCAGAACUUUUCCAACUAUGAGUCCAUGAAACAUGACUUCAAAAUAGAGAUUCCAGAGUAUUUCAAUUUUGCAAAAGAUGUUUUGGACCAAUGGACCAAUACGGAAAAGACUGGAAAAAGACUUUCCAAUCCAGCCUUCUGGUGGGUAGAUGGAAAUGGAAAGGAGGUGAGAUGGAGUUUUGAAGAACUUGGGUCUUUAUCCAGGAAAUUUGCCAACAUACUCACAGAAGCCUGUUCCCUGCAAAGAGGAGAUAGAGUAAUGGUGAUUCUGCCCAAGAUCCCAGAGUGGUGGCUUGCAAAUGUAGCCUGUCUGCGAACAGGGACAGUUUUAAUUCCAGGAACCACUCAGCUGACCCAGAAAGACAUCCUCUACAGGCUACAAUCUUCAAAAUCAAAGUGCAUUAUUACUGAUGAUACUUUGGCCCCAGCAGUAGAUAUUGUAGCAGCUAAAUGUGAAAAUCUCCACUCCAAAUUAAUUGUGUCUCAGCACUCCAGAGAAGGCUGGGGGAACCUCAAGGAGAUGAUGAAAUAUGCCAGUGACAGCCACACCUGUGUGGACACAAAACACAAUGAGUUGAUGGCCAUCUACUUCACCAGUGGGACGACUGGGCCUCCGAAGAUGAUUGGACACACCCACAGCAGUUUUGGUUUAGGACUGUCUGUCAACGGAAGGUUCUGGCUGGAUUUGAUAGCCUCUGACGUGAUGUGGAAUACGUCAGAUACAGGCUGGGCAAAGUCUGCAUGGAGUAGUGUUUUUUCUCCGUGGACCCAAGGAGCAUGUGUUUUUGCACACUAUUUGCCCCGUUUUGAUUCAACUUCCAUCUUGCAAACCCUCUCCAAGUUUCCCAUCACUGUCUUCUGUUCUGCACCAACUGCCUACCGGAUGCUUAUACAGAAUGACAUAACCAGAAGCUAUAAGUUCAACAGUUUGAAGCACUGUGUGAGUGCCGGGGAACCCAUCAACCCUGAAGUGAUGGAACAAUGGAAAAAGAAGACAGGACUAGACAUCUACGAAGGAUAUGGACAGACAGAAACGGUGCUGAUCUGUGGAAAUUUCAAGGGGAUGAAAAUUAAGCCUGGCUCAAUGGGGAAGCCCUCUCCUGCUUUUAAUGUGGAGGUUUGUAUGUCCCCUUCCAGGGGACACCAUACCCACCCUCCCUCUUUAGAUGUGAAACACCUUAAAUUCUAAACCAAAGGAGAAUUGGGUGAGAAAUGUUGGCUUAAACAUCUAUAUCAUGCCAUGAAUUCUGGGCAUUUACAAGAUUUGACCCAUUUAAUUUCUAGAAAAAUCUCAAGAUUUACUACUAAUAAGACCACUUUGCAGAGAAAUGAAAGAACUCAGCCCAGUGCAUGCAGCUCAGACCCCUGGAGUGGGAACACAGUCUCAAGCAAUCGGGUUCCAGUGUUUGCACUCUUGGGCACAGUAUGUAGAGGCAGGAUAGGGCCUGCUGAAGGGUUAACCAGGUCCAAAGUGGCAUGAGUUCAUAGUGGCUGCAACACACACUCCUCUCUCUGCCUGCCUGUGUGGUUCCUCCAGCCUUUCUUUAACUGUGGUUCUUAGUACCGUCUGAUGCCUGAGAAGGAGAAGCGUUCUAUUUCCCCAUCUGUACACUUUAGGCAGUGUUAAAAUUUUCUCAGGUCAACCCAGAUUCAAAACUUAAUGUAGACAAAGGAUUUACACUAGUAUUUAUAUUAAAAAAAAAAAAAGCAGGGGUUGGGGAUUUAGCUCAGCGGUAGAGCGCUUGCCUAGCGAGCGCAAGGCCCUGGGUUCAGUCCCCAGCCCUGGAAAAAAAAAAAGAAAAAAAAAAAAGCCACAGUGGCGAAAGGGAUCAAUUUCCAGAGGACAAGGACCUACACUUAAUUGGAGCUCAGUUGUAAGAUGGGAAUCAAUGUUUCCCAAGUUUGUGAAAACACACAAAUGACAAGGUUACUUGUUUGAAACAUUAUUUCUCUUCCCUAUGACACAAGCCACUAGAAUCCCUGUGUUACAAAGACAUAUGGCUCAAUGACAAAAGCAGGUUGCAAAAUUUAAGUGAUCCUAAUUUUUUCUGUCUAUAAAUGUCCUAAAAGACAUUGCCUAAACAUGAUUACUGCUGGGUGGUAGAGGUAAGGAAAAUUUUUACUAUUUCACAUUUUGGUAAUUUGCAUCUUAUAACUUUUGUGCAAUGAUAACUUGGGUAAAUAAUACACUUAGAAUUUUAAAGCAUAUAUAAAAUGUUUUUUUAAGCUUAUAUUCUGGCCCAAAAGAUUCAAAGCUAAAAUUUCAGAUGUGGUAUUAAAUUAAAAUUUCCUUAAAUAAAUUGACAUGUUUUAUUCUAGAUUUUAGAUGAAAAUGGCACUAUUCUUCCUCCUGGACAAGAAGGGGAUAUUGCUGUUCAAGUUCUUCCUGAUCGACCAUUUGGCCUUUUUACUCAUUAUGUAGUAAGAGCUUUAUUUUUAAAAUAUGUUUUU